AUGGAGGCUCCCUUGUGCGCCAAGGUCCCCUUCUCCUUCCCUCCAAUGUUUGGGGACGUGCGGGAGGACCCCCACCACUGGCUCAGGGACGAGAGGCGCGAGAAUCCGGACGUCCUGGCGCAUUUGGCGGCAGAAAACGCGCUCAUAGACGCCCUACUGCCUUCAUGUGGUGGUGGUGGAGGCAUGGGGUGUGUGGGGGGGAAAGGAGUGGGGGAAGGAGGGGAAGAGGGGCCGUCCCUGCGGGUGCUGCUGGAAGGGGAGAUGAAAGCGCGUGUGAAACAGGAAGACAGGAGUGUUCCCUUAAGUGGGGAGGUGUGCUGGGCAGACGACAACCAAACGCUCUUCUACGUCGCUCAGGACGAAAAAGACCGCCCGUGCUCGGUCAUGCGCCACGUCAUCGGCACGCCGGCGUCGCAGGACGCGCGCAUCUUUUUUGAAAAGGACGAGGCGUUUGACGUGGGGGUUCACCGCACGUCGUCGGACCGAUUCAUUAUAGUCACGUGUGGGUCGGCCGUGACUUCCUUCCUGCUGGCGAUUGAUGUGCAAAGGCCGUUAGACCCUCCCUGGCAGUUGGUCCCGAGAGUGCACAACGUGGAGGUGUAUGGAGACCACAGCGGCGCACACUUCUUCCUCCUCCGCCGCUCCGACCAGAUGCGAAACUCGGAGCUCCUCGCGCUGCCGCUCCUUGCGCUGCCGGCUGCUGAUGCUGAUGCCACUGCCGCCACGAUCUCUCCCUCCUCACCCACUCUUCUUCCUCUCUCACUCUCCUCUCCUUCCCCUUCUGUCUCCUCUCCCUUUCAUCUCUCCGCUCUCACUCUUCUCUCUCCCUUUUCCCCUUCUCACUCCCUUCUCUGGCAUGGUUUUGUGAAGCUCCAAUCAGUGACGGCCUUCAAGCGCCACGUGGUCGUGUUUGAGAGGGUGAAGGGGCUCCAACGGAUCAGAUGCAUCCCCUUGCAAUCCGACGGCUCUCCUGCACCUGAAGAAGCCAAACUGGUGGAAUUUAACGAAGCAGCAUAUGAGAUCCGGGCCUUAAGAAGCCGCUUCGAAUCGCCCCUCCUCCGCUUCUCCUUCUCCUCCCUGGUCACCCCCACCACUGUGUUCGAACGAGACAUGGACACAGGCAGACAGGCGGCUAGGAAAGUCGACUGGGUCGGGCCAUCCUUCAACCCAUCGCUCUACUCCUCCCGCCGUCUCUUCGCCACGGCAAAAGACGGCACACAAGUGCCCAUAUCGCUCGUCCAUCGCAACACCCCUGCCAGCGACUCUCCUGCUGAUGCUGCUGCUGCUGACACUGACAGCACCGGCCCGCCUUGGCCCAUGCUCCUCUACGCCUAUGGCGCGGAUGGCACUCAAGUGCCUAUCUCGCUCGUUUAUCGCAACAGCACUUCCAGCAACUCUCCUGCUGCUGCGGCUGCUGCUGCUGCUGACGGCACCGGCCCACCUUGGCCCAUGCUGCUCUAUGCCUACGGCGCAUACGAGGUGCCCACACGCCUCUCUUUCUCCUCUGAUCGUCUCUCCCUACUGGAUCGAGGGGUGGCAGUGGCGAUAGCCCAUGUGAGGGGAGGAGGCGACUGGGACUAUCAGUGGUACCUGGACGGGAAGCUUCUGAGAAAGCGCAACACGGUGUGGGAUGUGAUUGCGUGUGCCGAGCACCUGAUCAAGGAAGGCCUCACCACUCCAGACCGGUUGGCCCUGGAAGGCAGGUCAGCGGGGGGCAUACCCGUGGGGGCAGCCGUAAACGAACGGCCGGAUCUGUUCCGAUCGGCCGUGGCUGGCGUGCCGUUCGUUGAUGUACUCUCCACCAUGCUGGAUGCUUCACUGCAUCUCACCAUCACAGAGUGGGAGUUUUCACCCCCCCAUCCCUCCCCUGUACCUGCAUUGCUGCCUCUCUCCUCCCCCUGCUCCUCCUCCUCCUGGCAGGUGAAGGCCCAGGGGUACCCCAACAUCCUUGCCACUGCUUCGCUCCAUGACCAAAGAGUGAACUACUGGGAACCUGCCAAGUGGGUGGCACGAUUAAGAGAUGCCAACACAAGCAGUGAUUCAGUGGUGUUGCUGCGGUGUGAGAUGGACGCUGGGCAUUUCAGCAAGACAGGGAGGUGA